GUGGAUAUCAGCCCGUCGCGUUAGCAGCCAUUUCGUCGCGAAAGAUGUCUGAAUCACGUGCAAUUGGAUCGUAUCAACACAAUUAAAACGUUUUUUUCGCUGUUUGAAGACAUCUAGCUGACUUAUAACACAGGUCCCCCACAAAUCUCAAUAUGGUAACACCACUUAGAGUAAUGCAGAAUGGACAGAUGGUUCAAAACGAAGAAAUGACACCAACCCUGAUAAUCAACCCCAACAACCCGCCUCCAUGGAUUCAAAACAGGCAGCCUCAACCCCAAGUCGUAUAUAUCCAGCAACCAGUAGCAUAUUUACCACAACCAAUCGAUCAACAAUUCUACAUACAAAACUAUGGAUGCCAAAAUCCUCCACAGAUGUUUAUAUCUAACUACGAACAGUUCAGGCCCUACCAAAUCCAAAUGGCCAUGCCAAAUCCAGAUCAAAAUUUAGCCAACGAGAGAAUAUUUGUUCAAAAUGUCCCAAGUGAUCCGAACGCUUUUAACGGACAAAUAAUGCAGAAUGAAAUUAAACCUGUGCAGUUCCAAAAUAUCCCUAAUCAAGUAUAUAAUAUAACCCAGGAUUCUGUUAAUUUACCACAAAUGCAUGGCUUCAUGAAUCCUAACAUUGUAGUUUCAAAUCCUAAUCCAAAUAUCAGUGUUGCAAGACAAAUAAACGAAAAUAUUGUAAAUAAUACACACAGACAGCAAGAUGUAAAUUUACCCUCAAAUAUACCAUCACGGCCAGAGGCUAAUACUGUUGUAAGACCACCUAUAGUGACAAUUCAAAAUCAAACGCAACCAGUAUAUAGGCAAAUGGUUUCAAAUGUGAUUAGACCAAUCAAUGCAACUGUUAGACCAAGUCCAGUCGUAACUUACCCUGACAAAAGACCACCAUUACCAAGACAAAGCAUUAGUAUUAUUAGAAACAAUAUUAUAAGAACUCCAAGGCUUGCUUAUAGACCCAUUCAACCUAGACCAUUGGGUAUCAGAGCGCAAGUAAUAAAUCCAACAAUGCAAAUGCAGUUUGUUCCUACAUAUCCCAAUCUAAACAAUACUACCUAUACUACAACAACGAUUCCACCAUCAACUAUUCCACGACAAACUAUUCCACCACCAACUUUACAAGUUUAUCCAGAAAACAAUAUCAACAAUCGCAAAAGAAAAAGUGAGUCACCAGAUGAGAUAAAGAACAAACUUAAAAUCCUCGGAUUAAAUAGUAAUCCAAUACUAAGAGGUCACUUAGUUAAUAAUUCUACCAAUACAGUUGACGUUGGUGUUAGCACGAAUAUUGCUACAGAAACACCAGUAAUAAAUCCCAUCGUCAAAGCUGAAACUGUAGAUAAAUUAGUUAAUAGUAUUUCAGUGACGACACAGGUGCAAAAAGGGGAUUUAGAAUUACCAAAAAAAACAUUACAAAUAAUUGACACCUGUGAUAAACCCACUACAAGUCAAUCAGUUCCGACCAAACCUGAACACCAAUUAGACAAAGAUAAACUUGUUAGGAGCACACUAUUUCCGCAAGCCAGAGGUAGAAUAUUAAAUGAUAAAAGUACAGAGCCGAUGCAAGAAAAUAAACAAAGUAGUUUAGAUAAAAUGGAAAAUGAAUCCCAAGAGCCACCGAGCAUAGCACAAAUUGAAAAGACUGAACCUAAUAUAGUAAAAGAAAUAAAUAAUGAAAAUGUAAAUGAUAUAAAUAAAAAUACGCACGGCAUAUCACUAAAUAAUAUAAGAAAUAAUACGCAGGACAUGAAACUGACUGAGAAGGACUAUAUUUUAACUCAUGUUCUAGAUGGUUUUGUGAUACAGGAAUCAAAUGUUGCAUUUCCGAUACAGAAACCAGUCAAGGAAAAAAUUAUUAAGUUAAGUAAAGAAAGAGAUGAGGCUUUGAGCAAACUUUUAGAAUCUACUAAAGAAAUUAGAUCAGAAAUAGACAAUAAACAUGACACAAGUUCAGAUAAAGAUAAAACAUGUGUAAUAAAUUCAGUAACAGAUCAACAGCUUGAAAUAAAUUCAAGAAUAGGCAAGCAACAUCAAAACAAUUCAGAUAUAGAAAAGAAACAUGAAAUAAAUUCAAGAACAGACAAGGAGCACCUAAUAAAUUCAAGAAUAGACAAGAAAAAUGAAACAAAUUCUGAAAUAGACAAAAAAAAUGAAAAAAUUUCAGGAGUGGACCAGAAAUGUAAAAUGAAUUCAGGCGAUGGCAAAGAACGUGAAGUAUAUACAAGAGUAGACAAAAAACAUGAAACUGUGAUAAAUCCUGACAAAUCAUCAAGCAAUGAGAAGAAAAAUGAGGAAAGUAAAGAUAGCCCAUUCUCAUCCCUGGACACAAAGACUGUUAGGAGUUGGACAGUUGAUAAGCUGGCUAGUCACCUAGAGAAUUAUGGUUGGAAUACCACGGCUUCUGUCUUCAGCGAACAUGAGAUUGACGGAGAGUCGCUGUUCCUGGUCGCUAAGUCGCAACUACAAUGUAUUGGGGUAGACGAUAUGCAUGCAGAUAUUAUAUUACAAUUUAUAAAUAGUUCAUAGAAUAAUAAAUAUUUUUAAUUAUA